AUGGUUCAACAGAGCGUUCAAGGCUUCGAGCCAAUCCCUAAGAAGAGUGCGAUUAUCAAGACAGACAAACCAAGACCGCACAUCUGUACAACGUGUACCCGUGGAUUCGCAAGACUGGAGCACUUGAAGCGUCAUGAGAGAUCACACACGAACGAGAAACCGUUCCAGUGUGCUGCGUGUGGCCGUUGCUUUGCAAGAAGGGAUUUGGUUCUUCGUCAUCAACAAAAACUACACUCUGGAAUGAGUACAAACAGCACGCUCAAGGAUGCCAGAAAGGGGGACACGGAUAACAUCAUCACGAACUACGGUAACAAGGAAGUGUCCUUGCCAAUGAAGAGAGGUAGCGAUGACGUUUCCGAUGCUAGGAAUGGACAUAAAGUGGCUGAUAAAGGUGAAAGCAGCGAUAAAUUUGAUGAGGAGCCCCAUAACCAUCUGAAACCGAGGGCUUCUUCGGCGUUCAGCGACAACUCACAGCGAUAUGCUAGAAGAAGUACUAUCGACGACUUUGACGCCACGUCCUCUCUGUUCCAACACUCUUCGACUAGAAUGAGUGUAUCUUCUUCAAACGGUGGUGCUCAUCUUGAGCCUUCGCACAAGAGACAGCGUCAUAACUCGUUCAGUGCGACUUCACCACAUUCUUACCAGAAAACUGUUGAUUUACAGCUAGCACACCCAGGACAGCACGAGUUACCAGAGGCUCCACACCAAGUUGGUUUUGCAACUCCUCAGCUAACCGCCCAGGAGCUUACCUCAAAAGCUUUAAUGAGUGGUAUCGAUUUGCAAGCCUUGGGCUUGCAAUAUGACAUUGAUGAUUUCAGCUUGGACUUCAAGAAAGAGCAGAACGAGGAUCAAUCUUCAGACUAUUUCAGUAUUAAUGCCAAAUCUGAUCAACCAAAUCAUCAAGGUACAAAGCCUGGUACUCCAUUCCAGUUCAGUCUCACCCCUGGCGGUUCACUAAUGGAUGUUCCAAUCUUGAACGAAUACCUUCAUACAGGUUCUGGUGGUGGUGGAGCUGGUUUUACCAUGCGUACAUCCAACAAUAUCAACCUGAACAUGUUUGCACACAAGUCUAAUGGCCCAUCACCGCAGCUAUCAAAUGUGGAGGCUACAAGUGUCGGUGCAAGUGAAGAUUGGCUAGGAGAAUUUAUCAACACCCCGUUUGACCAGAACUUCAGCACCAACAUGAAGACUUUCAACUCAAUUGGUUUUGUUCCAAGCAUCUCACCGCCAUCAACGCAUGGUUCUGAACACAACAUCUCGCAUCAUGGUUCUCCAAUGAGCCAUGGUUCACAACCACCAGUUGAAAAGAAAGUUCGUAAAACGAAUAGCCACUUAUUCACGAGUGAUAUCUCUCAGAUGUUUAGAACAAGACAAGUGGAUCUUUUCAAAAAAGUUAUCGAGAACAAUGAGGAAAUCAAACAGACGUCAUUGCCGUUGUUUACCGCUGAACUACGACAACAAAUCAUGGCUGAUAACAAGCUCACUGAAUCUCAAUUUCCAUCCUUGGAUGACUUGAAUCAGUACACUACGCAGUACAGAAAUGAGUUUGACAAGUAUUUUCCGUUCAUUCAUUUGGGAUCUUUACACCCAUCUAUGGAAAAUUAUCCACUCAUUCUUUCUAUUGCAUCAAUUGGUGCGUUGUACUCUUUCCAUUCCGGGCAUGCUUUGCUGCUGUUCAAUGUGGCACGUUAUCGGGUGCAUUCACAUUUGGAACAUCAAAAGAGCUUUAACAACAACAGCAAUAUACCUGUAUGGCUAUACCAAAGUAUGGUUUUGUUGAUCUUUAUUGGUAUUUUCAACAAUGACCUGAAUGUCACAAAGACUAUGACGAUCUUUUUGAACUCAUUGAUUGAGCUGGUGAAAUUGACGUCCUUGAACAUGCCAUUGGAGACUUUCUUCACGCCACCUCCUGUUAUCGAUAACUUACAAAACUCAUCCAUUCAAACGCAAGAGGCAAACUUUCAGUACUUCAUCCUUGCUCAGUCAAGAAUCAGAACUUGUCACAUCAUUUUGUUGAUUUCGAACUUGUUCAGCUCCUUGGUUGGUCUUGACUAUUCUUUGCACUCCUUGGAUAUCAAAUGUGGUAUACAUUGUAAGUGGGAUGAGUUGUGGGAAGCUGGUGAUUACGUCCAGUGGAUGGCAUUCUUGAACAAGAAACACUACGUGAUUGACUCCAAAUUUGCCCUUAUUGAAUUAUCUAACGGUACUGAUUCGUACACGAACUGUUUGAACUAUUUGACUUUGAGUAAUUACAUCUUGAACGAUGGGGAUCACAGCGGCAAGUCCAUUCCGAUGAAGACAAUGUUAUCUCUAUUGAUGUCAAUCCACGAAAAGAUUUACCUGGAACGUAUAGCUAUGAAGAACGAAACCAAUGGCAUUUUAGCAGCAACAAAGUGGAGAAUGACUUCAAGACCUCUCAUUGAGUCAUUGAUUAAGAGCUGGGAGAGCUUGUAUAUUCAAAAUGGUGGUGUUUUCUACUUGAACGAGACAAGUUUAUCUGUCAUCUACAACAAGAACCCAAUUCUAAGGCUGAUCUUACCUUUGCUAUCGUUUGCAAAGAUUAGAAAAUGUGUCAGUCUGACCCCAAUCAUCAAGAAGAUUUGGCAGAAAGACUGGGAAGGUAUGAAUGAAUCAUUGAAAGAUUUACGUAACGAUCCGGAGGCGUUGAAAGACUCCACAAACUAUGCCCUGGAUAUCGUCAAACUGUGGAUCGACUACGUCUCCAUUCACAAUGAUGCUGAGAAAACUUCGAUCCGUACACCUGUUUUCUUCAUCACUUGCAUUUUCACGUCAUUAUUAAUCAUUGCAGAGUUUCUGCUCAGUGUGGAGAAGUGGGCACAGAAUUACGAUGAAGAACCAACCCAUUUGAACGCUGUUGAACGUACAUUGUGGUUACGGUCUGAGAUGAUCUUCAAAAAGAUUGAACAAUGCCUUAUGCUUGAUGACAACAACAAGACCUAUGCUGAGUUUCUGAGAUUGGAGGCAAAAGGAGCUCUUGAUGUUGCUAUUUUGGAUGAAGAAGUUGCCAAGCGUGCAGUACAUCCAAACACUGAUAUUACUGAGACCCGCAAAGUGAUCCAAAACGCCAGACUAUCAUCUAGAGGGCUGUACUUGGGAGUACGUAUACUUGGUGAUGCUCCAAUCUGGCCAAUUGCCUUGUUAUUUGCCCAGGCUUUGAAAGCCAGGGCCAUUCACAUCUCUAAGAGUCAACCAAACACGCCUCUGUGA